UUCCUGUUUUUGCCGGCGCUCGGGCUCCCUAUUUUGUCCCUCAGAGUUUCUGCUGCUUUUCUCGUUUGUUUUUGUUUCUGGGACCCCGGGAUCUGAUGGAUUUCACGUAGUUGAGUUGAUCGACGCCAUCUUUUCCGUGUUCCCAAGUUUGACUUUGGUGAUUUAUUAUAUUUUAAUUUCCCCCCCACUACCUUUCUGUUUUUUUUCUGUUUGUAUUCCUCUGGCUGGACCAUGGCUGCUGCCUUCGAGCGGCCAACUUUCUGCUGCUGCCGGAAAGUUGUGACCGGCUCGGCUAAAAGCGAGAGUUUGAAUUCGUCCCGGGACUGCCCUGUCGACAUCGCCUCUGCCUCCAACUUUCAGCAUUUCCAGAUCCAGCAUUUCCACCUGGAGUUGGACAUUAACUUCCCGAGCCGGGAGAUCCAGGCGGUGGAGGUGCUGGACUUGGUCUGUCUACAUCCCGACACCCAGAGCCUGGUCCUGGACUCGCACCAGUCGCUGCUCAUCCGCUCGGUCAACGCUAAAUGUCGGUGCAACUCGGGGGAAAACAGCUGGCCCCUCAGUCACCGCCUCGACCCUUUCACCGACUAUGGCUCCUCUCUAGUGAUAACCCUGCCGGCUGCCAUCAAACCUCUCAGCAACUUCCAGAUCAUCAUCAGGUACACUACAGCCGAUGGCCCGGCGAUUUGGUGGCUGGAUCCAGAAUUAACAAAUGGAAAAUCCAAACCGUUCCUUUUUACACAUGGUCACUCAGUGUGUAACAGGUCCUUCUUCCCCUGCUUUGACACGCCUGCUGUCAAGAGUACUUACUCCGCUACAGUUAUGGUUCCACCUGGUAUUAGAGUGCUGAUGAGUGCAACGCGGAGCACAUUUGAUGAGCAAGAGAAUAUAUACCGAUUUCAAAUGGAGUAUCCGGUUCCUGCUUACCUGUUGGCGCUUGUAGCUGGGGAUCUGAUUUCUGCUGAUAUAGGUCCACGAAGCAGAGUUUGGGCUGAACCUUGUUUGUUAAAAAUUGCAACUGCAAAACUGAAUGGCACUGUGGAACGGUGGCUAAGUGCUGCAGAGAAUCUCUUUGGGCCAUAUAUGUGGGAAAGAAAGAAAGCAAAUAUUUUUAAGGGAGAAAAAAUUGGUUUCCCUUCUUUUUCAGGGGCUGCUUUUACUUGUCUUGAAACCACUUUUCGACUGGAAGCACUGCAUCGUCAGCUGAAACUGCUUGGAGAUGAGAGUCCUGUCAGCAGACUACAAGUGAAGUUUGAGCCAGGUGUCAAUCCCAGCAGUCUAAUGAAUCUUUUCACCUACGAGAAAGGAUUCUGCUUUGUGUACUAUCUUUCACAGCUCUGUGGAGACACAAAGUGCUUCGACUCCUUCCUCAGAGCCUAUGUAGAAAAGUUCAAGUUUACAAGUGUUGUUGCAGCUGACCUACUAGAGUUUUUCCUCGGCUUUUUUCCUGAGCUCAGGGAGAAAUGUGUGGACAACAAAGAAGGGUUAGAGUUUGAGCGCUGGCUGAAUGCAUCGGGACCUCCAUUGCUGGAGCCAGAUUUGUCUCAGGGAUCUAGUUUGAUCAAACCAGUGGAAUCUCUGUACCAGCUCUGGAGUUCAGAAACUCUUGAUGGAAACCGUAUUACUGACAUUGAUAUUUCUAAAUGGAAAACGUUCCAAAUAGUUCACCUGUUGGACAAACUUCUAGACAGAUCUCCACUGCCUCAUGAGGCCAUGAUGAAACUCUCAAAGAGUUACUCUGCGCUGCUCGACUCCAUGAAUGCUGAAAUUAGAAUUCGAUGGUUACAGAUUGUAGUCAGAAACAACUAUUUACCAGAUUUCUACAAAGUGCGACGAUUCCUGGAAAACCAUACCUCACGAAUGUACACUGGUCCUUUGUAUGAGGAUCUAUGUGCUGGAACCAUGAAGGCCAUUGCCAUGGAGACCUUUUACCUGACUCAGAACAGACUGCAUGUGAACUUGAGGAGAGCAAUCCAACAGAUUUUUGCACAUAGUGCUAACCCUGCUGCUGUUAUGACACUUCUAGAAGAUAAACCAUCUGAUGCAUCAAACCCCAUCUCACUCAGGGAUGUCAAUGUCUCAGCAUAGCUGAUCAAUCCAUGCCAUUAUUGGAUGCAUUCAAGAAAAUAACUAACAUGAGAACCUAACAGCUACAGAAACUGAAAAUGUUUCCAGCUAUGACUUUUUAAUUUAAACAAAAUUCCAGGAUUUGUGCUGGUUACCUUAAGGACCUCUUCCACGGAAUGGAGAAGCCUAAAUCAGCAUUCCAAAACUGUUUUUUACAAGACAGUAUUUCAUGUAGUUCUAAUAGUAAUUUUGUCACUCUUUGAGUGUUUGACAUACAUUCGGGACAUGUAACUUCACAAAUCAUAGAUUGAGGAUGAUUCAUUGUUAAUCCAGGCACUUGAAAUCUUCAGUGAGCAGAACAGCUUGAAAGGACAGACAGCAUCUCAACACCAGCAAGUUAGUUACUACAGUGUAGAACCUAUUGCUGCUGAAGAGGCAAUCAACAAGUGACCUGCUAUUGAAUGGUUGGUGCUAGUGAAAUAAUUAGUAUAGUAUUGGUUGCUUCUCGUUAGUUAGUUACAGAAUAGAAAUUACAUAUGAUGUAUUGCUAAAUUGAACAGGAAUCAUUGAGACAGCAUAAAGCGUAUGAAUUCUGAUUUUGCCAAAACAGAAAGAUUCAUUAGUAAAACCUCUCAUUUCCAAUAAGUUUGAUGGUACAUAUUGCUCAGCUCAAAUGUUCCAUUUUCAAUAUAAAUUUGAUUAGUAACAGCAAGCACUGUUCAGCAGUAAUGUAUUAUUCGAUGCAAGAUCUUUUGGUGCAUUAAUUGGUGCAUGAUGCAUCUUGUUUUUCUCUCCGAAAGGAGAUUUCACUUGUAGCAAGUUGAGACCCAACUUAAUUCAUUAUACAUAUUUCCAGGAGACUAGAAUCUACACUGGGAUGCAUACAGAAGCAUAGAGAUGUAAAGGUAAUGAUUUAAAUGUUCUGCAUUUGGGCUGUUUCAGAGUAAUUUCAAUUGGAUCCUUUACAUUUGGUCCAAAAUUAUUUAAGAUUAGUUUAUUUUGCCUUUACAUUACACUAUGAAUUGAAAUGUGUGUCUCUUAUUGUUUUCUGAUAUUCAACUUCAUAUUUUUGCAGAAUUUUUUCGAAAGAAUUAUUGGAAUGAAUAUUUUCGAGAAAGUGAAUGAACUCUUGAAUUCUUAGAGUUCAUUUACUUGCACUCCUUUGAAAUAGUGGAAUUAGGCACUCGAAUAUUUUACCCAAAUUUGUCAACUGUUUUAUUACAGUAUACAAAGAAAAACAUAUCGUCACAACGAUUAGAUUAAAAAAAAGAACAUUUGCUCCAAUGUUCUAAUGAGACAUUUUGUUUUAAUCCAUAGGACAAGCCUUCAUUUUACAUUGCAGUUUGUACAGUAGAGUCUCAAGUAUUCCAUCUCUAAGUACAAUUGUAUUUCAAUUCCAUCAUACCUUUGUUUCAGUUAUUAAAAAAUUUGGCAAACCUAGUGGGUUGAUAGGCAUAUCUGUGUGUGUUAUGGAAUGAUGCUGUGGAAUUUGGGGUGGGAUGCAUUGAAGUUCAACACUAGCUGUUGUUCCACAGUCUUGAUGUGGAGGUGCCAGUGUUGGACUGGGAUGGGCAAGGUCAAAAAUCACACAACGCCAGGUUAUAGUCCAACAGGUUUAUUUGAAAACACAAGCUUUCGGACACCUGAAGAAGGAGCGAGACUCCAAAAGCUUGUGUCAUCAAAUAAAUCUAUUAGACUAUAACCUGGUGUCGUGUGAUUUUUGACCCAGUUCCACAGUCUGGUAGUUUGGGUGCCUGGUUGUGGUUCAGAGGUAAGAUAGAAUAUUGUGCAGUUCGUUAUGAUUGGUGCUGUACUAAUGUGGUGGUUUUGACAGUUGCCAAUUUCUGUUUGUUUCGAUGUCGGAUUAUCUAGGACACCUCUGUUAUUCAACUUGAUGAAUAGCAUGCGCUCCCAUAGGUAUAAAUGUUGGAUUUAGUAAAUAUGCUAUUGAGGACGACCCAGGAGAUAAAGACAACACUGAGAGAAUUGUAGCCACUGUGUCAACACUGGAACCACCUCACCAAAGUCCAUUUAUUCUGAUAAAUUUUUGUACCUUUUCCCUUUUUUGUAUCUCUUAAAGUAUGUUCAAAAAGAAGUAAAUUUGUAUAGGGGCCAAAAACUGUGUUAUGAAUUUGCACAAGAACUUGUAUGCAACUGUUUAACUGGCCAUACUUUUCUGAGGUAGUGCAGCCAGUGGUGCCUUUUUCAUCAGUAUUCUACUGAUUUCUAAUCCAUAAGCUUGUUUCCUUUUACAGAAGCCUCAUUAUACCAUGUUCAGUAAAAUGAAAUAAAACACUUCCUCAGAAAAUGGAUUGUUAAUUGUUUACAAAACAAAAUUCUGUAAGUCAGAACGAUUUUAUAAUGUCCAGAUAGUACAUUUGUCCUAGCAACCCAAACUGAUUAGCUUUGUCUUUUUACGAAACAUAAUAUUUUGCAUAGUGGCAAGUUAUUGUUAAGAUGAAAGUUAUAUUUUCCCAAGACUGAAGAAGCUAUUUAUCCAUGAUCUUAUGUGGAUGUCGUAGUUUUCAGGUUUAUAAUUUUCAUAAUGUUCAUCGAUAACUAAUGAAGAUUAAAAUAAAAAACAAACACAGUUCUGAUCAAAUACACCAAGAACAUUUUAACAUGUCUUUAUCUUCGUGGAUGUUAACUGAUCUGUUGUAUAUUUCCAACAUUUUCUGUUUUUAUUUUCAGAUUUCCAGCUUUGAAUUUUGUCUUUCAUUUGUACGCAUAAAACUUCCUUUUUAUUAGCCAACUAAAAUCAUACAAGAAUUCUUAUACUUGCAAAUUCGUCAAACUGAACUUUAUGUAUGUAUUUUAAGAGGAAAAGGCUAAUGGAAACGUUUUAUUUUAUCAAAGUAUUUUGCAAGUACCAAUAAUGUGAAAAUGUGAAUGUAUACAAAAAUAAACAAGGAAGCCAUGA